CUCAAUCGAUCGUAUCAUAUGACGAUAAGAGAAAAAAAAUAUUGUUGGAAAAUUUGUUGAAAUUUCUCUUUGUAAGCAGCUUUUGUGGAAAUAAAGUCGUGCAAAAUCCUCCAAAAUGACUGGAUUCAUGUUUAACAUUGAUGGGGGCUACCUCGAAGGCUUGUGCCGCGGAUUUAAAUGCGGAAUCUUGAAGCAGACCGAUUACUUGAACUUGGUUCAAUGCGAAACAUUGGAAGAUUUAAAAUUGCAUCUGCAAGGCACGGAUUACGCCCAAUUCUUGGCAAAUGAGCCAUCGCCUCUCGCUGUGUCGACAAUCGAUGAUAAAUUGCGUGAAAAAUUGGUUAUCGAGUUCCAACAUAUGCGAAAUCACGCUGUCGAGCCAUUAUCGACCUUCCUCGACUUCAUCACGUACAGCUACAUGAUCGACAACAUCAUUUUGUUAAUUACGGGCACUUUGCAUCAACGUCCCAUCACGGAGUUGAUCCCAAAAUGUCAUCCGUUAGGCAGUUUCGAGCAAAUGGAGGCAAUUCACGUUGCCGCAACUCCCGCUGAAUUGUACAAUGCUGUGUUGGUUGAUACGCCACUUGCUCCGUUCUUCGUCGAUUGCAUCUCCGAGCAAGAUUUGGACGAGAUGAACAUCGAAAUUAUCCGUAAUACGUUGUACAAGGCAUAUUUGGAGGCAUUUUAUGACUUUUGCAAGAGCAUUGGAGGCACAACUGCUGACGUUAUGUGCGAAAUUCUCGCUUUUGAGGCAGAUCGUCGUGCAAUUAUCAUCACCAUUAACUCCUUUGGCACGGAAUUGAGCAAAGAUGAUCGUGCCAAGUUGUAUCCACGUUGCGGAAAAAUGAAUCCUGAUGGGUUAUCGGCUCUUGCACGCGCUGAUGAUUAUGAACAAGUGAAAAUUGUCGCCGAAUAUUAUGCUGAAUAUGCUGAAUUGUUCGCUGGAUCCGGAAAUAAUCCCGGCGAUAAGACUUUGGAGGACAAAUUUUUCGAACAUGAGGUAAAACUAAACGUUUACGCCUUCAUGCAACAAUUCCAUUUUGGCGUCUUCUACUCGUAUCUGAAGCUAAAGGAGCAAGAAUGUCGCAACAUCGUCUGGAUAUCUGAGUGUGUCGCACAAAAACAUCGCGCCAAGAUUGACAAUUACAUUCCAAUUUUCCAAUAAAUCAACGGCGAAACCCAAAAAGCAUCACACCUCCGACAUUUUGGGCUCAAAAAAAAAUAUUCAUUAAAAAAAAGUAUUGUUGUAAAUAUUAAAUACUUGUGUUAAACAAAAAAAUUCUAUCAGUGUGCAAAAAGUAAAAAAAAAAAUAUUGUUACAAUCAAUUUUGAAUUAAAUUGCUGUUGUGGCAUACGAAACGAACAAUUGCCAUUAAGUUCGCAAGAAAAUUUUUAAAAUUUUAAUUUGUUACCUUUUUUCCUCUUCUUCAGACAAAAAAAAAGCUAUUCGUGUAUUGAACGGAAUAUAUCAUAUACUACCUAAAUAUUAUUAUGCAUGGUUGCAAAUUACGACUAUUAAACUUAUUAUUAUUGUAAAGUUAUAGAAAAUUAAAGUUAUGCAAAUAAAUAUAUAGAAUCUAUUUG